GGCCGCUGUGCCGGUGCCCGCGCCUCACCCCGCACGGGCGGGCGCCGCGCUUCCCUCUCCGUUCCCCCUCUCUGUUUCCCCCCAGCCUGGUGGAGAGGCUCUGGCGGGAGAAGGGGCAGGGGGCGGCCGGCUGCUCGGCCCCAAGCGGCCCUCUCCUAAUAAAGCGAUGGGGUCUGGGCCGCGGCGCCGCGCUCCCCGCGCCCUAUAAAUAGGCUCCGUGCGCGGCCCCCCGGCUCCGGCCGGCGCGGCUCUGCAGGCGGCGCGGCGCAGCGCAGCGAGCACGGCGGGGCCGCCACUGCCGCCGCCAGCAGAGCCCCGGCCCCGGCGCCCCAGCAAGAUGCCCCGGGUAGACGCAGACCUCAAACUGGACUUUAAAGAUGUCCUGCUCAGACCUAAAAGAAGCAGCCUCAAAAGCAGAUCAGAGGUCGACCUCACGCGCACCUUCACCUUCCGCAACUCCAAGCAGACAUACACAGGAAUUCCUAUUAUAGUGGCAAACAUGGACACUGUGGGGACAUUUGAAAUGGCUGUGGUUAUGGCGAAACAUGCAAUGUUCACUGCAAUUCACAAGCAUUAUUCUUUGGAAGAAUGGAAACUGUUUGCUGCCAAUCACCCAGAAUGCCUUGAGCAUGUAGCAGCAAGCUCAGGUAGUGGAAAAGCUGAUUUGGACAAGUUAAAAAGUAUUCUGGAGGCCAUUCCACCUCUCAGAUACAUCUGCCUGGAUGUGGCAAAUGGCUAUUCAGAGCACUUCGUGGAGUUUGUGAAGUCUGUUCGUGCCCUGUUCCCACAUCACACCAUCAUGGCAGGCAAUGUGGUGACAGGAGAGAUGGUAGAAGAACUUAUUCUUUCUGGAGCAGAUAUUAUUAAAGUGGGUAUCGGACCAGGUUCUGUGUGUACCACUCGGAUUAAGACGGGGGUGGGCUAUCCACAGCUAAGUGCUGUUAUUGAGUGUGCAGACUCAGCACAUGGCUUGAAAGGACAUAUCAUCUCUGACGGAGGAUGCAGCUGCCCAGGAGAUGUCGCCAAAGCGUUUGGAGCUGGUGCUGAUUUUGUUAUGCUUGGAGGAAUGUUUGCAGGCCAUGACCAGUGUGCUGGAGAGAUUAUGGAGAAGAAUGGCAAGAAGGUGAAACUCUUCUAUGGAAUGAGCUCUGAUACAGCCAUGAAGAAGCAUGCAGGAGGCGUUGCUGAGUACAGGGCUUCGGAGGGCAGAACUGUGGAGGUACCGUACAGAGGGGACGUGGAACUCACCAUCCUGGACAUCCUCGGAGGGCUGCGCUCCACCUGCACCUAUGUGGGAGCUGCCAAACUCAAGGAACUGAGCAGGAGAACGACGUUUAUCCGGGUCACCCAGCAGCACAGCCAGGUCUUCUCUUAGCCCAGGACUGGGGGGCUGAGAGCGAGGGGUGGGGGCGAGGAGCAGGAAGGGCUGCUGGUUUUUGCUUUCUCCUCCAUACUGCGUUAGUGGCAAACUCUCCUCUCUCAGGACGGCGUGAGGGCCUGUGGCUGAGAUCUGGAAGAGGAAGGUUGUGCUAUUAACACAGCGCUGUUGGUUCAAAAUGCAACAGCCUCAUGUUUCAUUGUUGUGCCUUUUUUAUUUUUUAAUCAACAUUUCUUCACCUGUUUUCCCCCCCUCUGAUAAAUAGCCGCUGAACCUCAAUUAACAAGGAACUGGCUUGCAGACAUGGCUGUUACUCCUGCAUACAUACAUGCAUCCCCUUUUCUAAGGGUGGCCUGCUAGCUGCCACUGCUUCUGGCAGCGCCCCCUCCAGAAAUUACAGGCUGGGAGAGAAAAAUGUGCAAGCAAUUGCAUGGAGAAAUCAAAAAUCAAAUUCUCUUUAUCUUUGUUCUGGCAAAAGAAUGGAUGUUUGUGGCACGGCUGCCAGCCUGCAGAGCGCCAGAGGUGGAUGGUGCAUGAGGCCUGGCUGCUGGUGGCUGGGAUGAGAAACACGCCGGAUCUCUCACUCUCAGUUCACAGGGCUGGUACUGCCAUUCUUACUUCAAUCUCCCUAUCCAAGGGGGGACUUCCCUUUUCAGAGCAGCCGGCACUGAAUGUAGCAAACCCGUGCUGUCCCCCUACCCCCAUCUGUGGGGAUCAUUCAGGAGAAAACAUCUCAGCGCUUGCCUGCUUAUCCGUGCAUGCAGUUACUGAAUUCCCUGGGUUCCUGCUUUUGCCUGCUCUCUGUGAACAGAUCUCUUAAGACACUGAAACUCAGCAACAGUAACCCCACCAAGGAGGGGUUUCUCUGCAGCCCUCUCUGUCCCCUUUCCUGUUGAUACCCAUUUAGCAAACAUGUAAAAAUGCUGUGCUGUGCGUUGUCUGUGGCCAGGUGGAUGAGGCCGGAGGGAUCAGAUUCACUUUUGGUCAUUUGGUACCGCUCCUUGGCAGUCUCUGACACCAUGAAAAGCGGAAGAGCGCUUUGGCAGAGUAGCCUGAUUGCAGGAGGCUGGUAGGCAGAGAUGGAGUUAAAGCAUUUGCUCUAAAGGCAGUAAUGAAUGUUUAAGACUCUGGGUAACACUUUAAUAAAGUGUAAUGUCCCACUAAUUAAUUGUUAAAUCACAAUGAAAUUUCUUUGGAAAUACACAUUGCAUCCAUGUGAAUACCACACUAGCUCGUUACGAUAAAUGAUGGGAAAGUGAGCACCAAUGAAUUAAUAAUGCUUGGCCACUUACUUUAAAGUGCUGCUCGGAUUGUAAUACAGCUGAUGGUACUCCAGUACUUCAGACUCUUGCUUUCUCCUCCUGUAGACAUCUGUGGAAAGAGGCAGGCUUCCUUUGGAAAGGAAAGGAGUGAUCUGUAGAAAGAGGAAUAGCAAAGAGAAACUCUAGAAUUAAACUCAUAUGCUGGACUGCUCAAAAAGCCAUGCACAAGGAUUGGUACAACUGACCACAGUGAAGAGCAAAUCAAGGCCAUAAGCUGAUCCCUGGGGAUUCUGCAGUGGGUUGUGCACAUUAGAAAAAGCACAGAAUAUCUCCUAAAUACCCUGGGUUUUUACAUGUCUUCCACCUAACAUGUAGGACGUAAUUCUUGUGGUGUAACUCCUUCCUCUGCUUCGGAGGUGAAUAAGGGCCUUAACGUGAGCACAGGUUAUGCCUGUGCUGGCUUUAAGGACCGUCUGUCCUGCCCACAUAUUGUAAAGGAACCUGAACGUGGAGGGGAAGCAGGCCCUGUGUCGUGAAGGACCUGAUCUCCGUUCCCUCCAGCCUGGGAGCAUCACGUUCAGAAGAUGCCAGGCUUCUUUCCCACAACCCCCACCGUGUGCCACAUACUGCGCUUCCCUGCGCUUCCCAGGGUACAGGCAGUACUGCUGCUGUGAUCAGCACGGCUCUGGGUGGUCACUGUUCCUUUAUUCACAUGCUGGGAAGGGCGGGGGACGAAGGCAAAGGAACACCUCCGUCAGGAGUGGGGUUGGACCAUCGCGGCGCAGGCCUGACCACAGGUGUGUCUCCAUGCUCGUGCCUUCAUGCGUGGGAAGGGCAGCGGCCUGCUGGUCUCACGCCCACUCCCGCUAGCGCUUUUCUACUUUUUUUAGCUACAUUUCUAAAUGGAAUUUAAGAAACAUAUACAUAUAUAUAUAUAUAUAUAUUUGUAAACAUUUUUUUAAAAGAUCGCACGCACACUGAACAGAGCAGCUUCAUGACAUGCCUUCGGAAUAGUUUCUUUUCCAAAGGGCAGGUGCUGGGGCGAGGGGAGGCUGCCUGUCCGCAGGUGUGGUGAGCGUGGCCACUCUUGCACCCGCUUUCCUUCCCCUUCCGCACGUACCUCUGACCGACCAGUGACUAGUAGGAAAGGACGGGGAUAGGCUAAUGGUGAGUUGUCCCCCUGAGUUCUCUAGGCUGUGAAUGACAUUGACACGAAGAAUAGUUACCGAUUAAGCUUUGACUUAGGGCAUUUGGUUUUCUAGAUAGUGGCUUUUACUAUCAUUUUGAUAAGCAGCAUGUUUCCUUUCUAUUUAAUUUUCUCCUUGUCUCUGAAAGCGAACAGGAGAGAGAAAUGGGCUGCAGAAGGGCAGCACUGGUGGCAUGUCUGCAUCUCACCCAGCGUUGUGAGUUUUGUUCAGGGAUAACCCUCAACUAUGUCAGUGCUCACCACUGACACUGUCUAGCUCUCAGGCAGGCAGGAAAAUGGAAAAAAGAGGAGUUUGAGCCCUCCUUUAAUACCCAGCCCCGUGCUGUAGUAGUUGCCCUUACCUUCACGCAGCCCCAGGUGCUGUGCCCUGCUCAAGCCCGCUGCUGCUCUCACAAGGAACGGGCAGAGCAGGAGCUGAGGGCGCGCUGUGCCUCGCAGGGUGGGCUGAGCAGAGACCACAGCCACCGACAAACGCCACAUGCCAUUUGUGGCUCUACCUCACCUGCACGUUUUAACCAGGUGCUCCGUUACUUGGUGUCCUUCUGGGGGAAAUGAAAUCUGUAAGUUCUUAAGUGUUGAGUGAUUCUGCAUAACCAGGUCUUCUUUAACCCUACCACCCCGGUCCCAUCCCGUCUAGAGGAACGCUGUGAGUGUGACAGCCUGCCCUGGAGGCCAAGGUCAUGCCCGCUUCCCCCAGCCUGGCAAUUCUUCACUUGGGCACCCAAGAGCAACGCUGAGGUUCUGCAGUGAUUUAGUUUAACAUACCAAAGACCUACAGGCAGGGAUGCUGAGAAGGGCAGCAUUACGUCAUUAAAGCAACCCCUGCUGAGCGUGUCCAGCUCUGGCUUCUGGCACCGUAAGGACCCACAGUGUCCCCGUCACCCCAGUCACAUUCUGGAGUCACCUUGAAGCGGCGUGGCUGGUGGAGGGGCAGGCUGGCCCUCCUGCCCACGCAGCCCAGCUUACCUGAGCUCUACUUGGGGACGAAGGUCCUGGCUUACGGCCGAGUGACUGCGUGGUGGCUGCGAGGAGCGCACGCGUAGAGCCCUCGUGGGCAUCAGGCCAGCCUGUUAGAGGAGUGUGGGCCUUCAGCCAGCGUCCUGCCAGAUGCAAAACAAGCCACACAGGUCUCCGUUCUCUGAAAGGAACAAGUGCACCCACCCAGGGGCUGUGCGCCUCCCCCGCUGCUCACAGCCCCGCCAGCCGUGGGCCAGGGGCUUUGGCUGUGUGCCUCUGUGCAGCGCCUCCGCACAGCUUUCUUCUCCCCUUAGGGCAUGGGGGGCUGAAUGUAGGAGGGGGCCACCCCAUGAAGAGUUGUAAGCAGGGGCAGGAGGGGCCUCCGCUUCUAUUUGGAGGAGCUUUUCCCAUACAAAGUGUGCCUGUGUCUUCUCCCAGCUGGUCAAUAGUGAGGGGAGGAGGGAUGGGGCGAGCAAGACACACAGCAGCCAUUAGCCAAGCCCUGCCGUGCCGGGCCAGGGGCCGGUGUUCUUCAGUCAGGGGCGUGAUGAGAGCUUGGAGCCGUUCCUGAACCGAGCACGCCCUAGCUUACACCCGAGCUGCGCUGCUGGAACAGCCUUGGUGCUACAGCUUUCUCCCAGGGUAGGCACCGCGUCUGUCCACCACCGCCUCCCACCCCUCCACCCCAGGGAUGUUGCGUUAGUCGCCAGUAUGUUUUCUACCAAAAGUUCUUUGUUGGAGCCAGGAGGGCUUUUAUAUCCCCAUGUUUGGCCUUCCUUGUGUAGAAAAUAAUAAUAAAAAACCCCUGAGGCCCAAGGCCAGCAGUUUGCCUUCUGCAGCAGCCAGAGCCGGCGCGCAGGAGCGGGCCCUUUGCUGCCGGCUGGGAGCUGCCCGGCGGGGCGGAGGGGCCCAGCCGUGUCCUGGUUAGAUGCUGGCACAGCUCCGCACCCCCCAACACAGUGUGGACCACCCCCCCUGCAGCCUUCGCUUCACCUGUGGUCAUGCAGAUGUUCAAGUGAGCCCUCCCCGGCAUUUCCUUGACAGAAUGUUUACUGGUUGACGUUUUCAUACAUAAAUAAAUAAAUCAGAGUCCAAACCUCGUUGGUGUUGCCUGCGAUAACUGUGAAGCGCUUCUAUGUCACCGGCCAAAAAGAGCUGAUGAGCAUUCGCUGCGUCCCUGCCCUGCGGCAGCUGCGUGUGCCCGACGCCUCCGGCCCGCAUGGCACCAUCGUUUCAAAUGUUGGAAAGUUGCAAAUGGAAAGGUUUUUGUUAUGCAAUAAAGAACUUCACUCUGACGGUCUGGAGACAGUUUUAUGGCCACACUUGGGUACAUGCGCGUUUCUGCGUUGUCACAAUCAAAAGCAAACGCUCUCCAACGCGUUGCCAGGGGAGGGAGGAAAUUAAAUUGGGCAAAUUACAUCCCUAGGAAAGCUCGUUCCCGUUCAGUCAUAACUCACAAAGACGAAACACGCGUCUGCAAUUGGCACUGUUAUUUUAUUAGUACGAGUAUACUGAAACAAUAAACUUGUACUGGUAUACAGACAAUUUCUUUAAAACAAUUUUGUUCAAAUUUUGAAUCAAACAUUGUUUUAUUAUAAUAAUGAAAUAAUUUCUACCUAGAAAACCUGCAAGCACCAUCAAAGAAAGGGACCAUAAAAUUCAAUAAACAGACGCGAGUGUAUCCUACAAAUAGACACACCACCAUUAGAAAAUAGAAUAUGAAUUCUUCCAUUUUUUUUAAUAUUUGUUUUAAAAAAGCUAGUGCAAGUACAAUAUUUUACACUGGAAUUACAGAGAGUAUGCACGCAUAUGGAAAAAAGUUCUCCUGUCACAAUAAAAGCUCUUAACUAUGUCUGUAUGCACUUAAAAUCUUCUCCUCUUUUCAAUAAGGUGCAAAACGUUAUUCCCUCCCUAUUUCUCCUUUGUACUGGCCAUGUCAGCUCAAUUUCUCCCCAACACAAAGCUGCGAUAUCCCUUUUACUGGGCCUACACCAGGAACUACACUGGAAGUGUGAUUUGCAACAACCCUCAUUAGUAAUACCAGCCGAUUUAAAAAUAAAAUUAAAAAAGAA